GCGCGAGCGUGUGUUUCUCGCGCGCGCUGAUUGGCUGUGUGCGGUGUCAGUGAUGUUAGCCUGUUAGCAUGCCGCUAGCGCUGGGGUUUGAACGUAAAGCAGCUCGCGGUGCCGUGCAGUGGUUUGUGUGAGGCCUAAAGCCGAGCUGCAGCGUCAGGACACUGAGGAUGAAAUCUGCAGCAUCGCAGCAGAAAGUGUUGAUUUACUGAGCAGCAGCAGCGCUGUGAGCUCGACACCAUGAUCAUAGAGAAUGUGGACGCGCUGAAGUCGUGGCUCGCUAAACUGCUGGAGCCGAUAUGUGAUGCUGACCCGUCUGCUUUGGCCAACUACGUUGUUGCUUUGGUGAAAAAAGACAAAUCUGAGAAAGAUCUGCGAGCGCUGUGUGCUGAUCAGCUGGACGUCUUCCUGCAGAAAGAAACCACUGGCUUUGUGGAGAAACUCUUUGAAUGUCUCACCACCAAAAACUACCUGGGAAAUCCACCUGUGAAAGAAAUUCCUAAAGAGGAGACGAAAGCUGCAGCUCCAAAACCUGCUGAAACAGAAGAGAUUUCACUCUGUCUUCAGGCGGGUCACGUGGAGGAUGAGAAGGAAGGCCGAAGGCGGCGAAGUCCACUGAGGAAUCGUUCAGACUUUAAUGAAACAAGGAUUCGGGACGAGCGGCGGAGAGACGAGCGCAGACGGCGGGAGCCUGAGCGCCACGGGAAGAGCAGCGAGAUGUACCGAGAGAGAGAACGGGAUCGAGAGAGGAACGAGCGGAGAAGAGCGAGCUCACGAGGCCGCAGUCGCAGCAGGAGUCGCAGUCGCAGCAGCAGCAGAGGGAAGAGCAGAGACCGAGAGCAGAGACGAGAACACAGAUCCAAAUUCGAGCAGGAGCGGAAGGAACCGGAACCGUACACUCCGUUAUCAGGUCCUUUGGGGAAACCUCAGCAGCAGCCGCCACAGCUCCCCCUGCUCCCGCUGCCCCACCCUCGCUCUCCGUUUCCCCCCUCGGGCAGUCCCAGCAUCCCCAGUGCCGUAACGGCUCACCUGCCUGACAGCACCACUGAGAGCUGGACCGCUUACUACUCCAACCAUGGCGAGGGCAAGAGCAGCACGCUGAAACACCGCUGCCGGGAUUACGACGAGAAAGGAUUCUGUGUCCGUGGUGACCUUUGUCCUUUUGACCAUGGCAACGACCCUCUGAUCGUGGAUGACGUCGCCCUGCCCACCAUGAUUCCCUUCCCUCCCCCCGGCAUGCCCCCUGUCCGCAUGCCUCUCCCCUUGCCCCCCAUGGCCGAACCCCUCCCAGUCAUGCCCAUGCCAAUCCCUCCCCACGGGCAGCCCCCGCCUCCAGGCAUCUACCCCAUGGCAGGACCGCCUCUAAUCCCAGCCAGUGGGAUAGAGACUCCACCCCAUGCACGGACGAGCACCUCCUCCCCUCUGGCUCCGCCUGGAGUAAACCCUCCUCCUCCACCACCUCCUCCUUCUUCCUCUGCUAUUUCUUCUGCUUCUCUACAUCCUCAGUACACUCUGUCUGAAUACAACUAUGAUCCUGAAGCGUAUAAUCCAGAAUCUCCGGCCAUCACCGGGGCGGGCCGAGCUCAGUACCGACAGUUUAUUCCUCGCAUUCAGACCCAGAGACCAAACUUGAUUGGUCUCACAUCAGGAGACACACAGGGCUCCCGAGCUGCUAAUAUCGUAAUCCAGACGGAGCCGUUGAUAACCAACACUUCGAGUGGUGAGGUGAGACAAGUCAUGGAGCUCGACAGCAGGAAGAGGUCAGUGGAGCCUGGAGACGGGCCUCAGGCCAAAAAGCCCUGGACAGACAAGCAAAAUUUCAACAAUCAGCACAAGCCGGCCUUCCCGAAGAAGUACCACUACAUCAACACCAAACUAGAAGUCCGCAAAAUUCCCCGAGAACUCAACAACAUAACUAAACUAAACGAACAUUUCAGCAAGUUUGGGACCAUCGUGAAUAUCCAGGUAGUGUUUGGUGGUGACCCAGAGGCGGCUCUGAUCCAGUAUACAGCUAACGAGGAGGCGAGGAGGGCGAUCUCCAGCACCGAAGCUGUGCUCAAUAACCGCUUUAUCAGAGUGUACUGGCACAGAGAGAACACGACACAGAACCAGGAACAGAACACCAACCAGAGCACCAGUCUCGGCUCACAGAUACCCCCUGUCCAUAAGGUCGUUAAUAAGCCACACACACCCGGGUCCUAUGUGCUGAAUAAAACCUUCCCAAAACAGCAGAGUGGCUCCGGAUCCAGACCUGCAGCCAGUCUUGACCCGCUCAGUCCUGCUCCAGAGUCCUCAUCAGCAGUCGCUCCUGCUUCUGCACUGCAGAAAGGGCUUUACUCCCGGACGGUGUUUAAACCCGUCCCAAAGGCACUGGGGAAAACAGCUAAAGCCAUCGAGGAUCAGGAUGUUCUGAAAAAGAAGCAGGAGGCGCUGAAGCUGCAGCAGGAUAUGAGGAAGAAGAAACGAGAGAUGCUGGAAAAGCAGAUUGAAUAUCAAAAAGUGUUGAUAAACCGUCUGGAGAAGAAUCGUGGGAUGAAGCCAGAGGAGCGAGCAAACAUUAUGAAGACUCUGAAGGAGCUCACGGAGAAGAUCUCUCAGCUGAAGAAUGAAAUCAGCAAUAGCAAUGUCUCCCAGUCUGCUGGCAGUGUCACUCAGCCCAAAACCAAAACCGAUGCACAGAAGGAGCUGCUGGAUGCAGAGUUGGACUUUCACAAAAAGUUGACCACAGGAGAGGACACUACAGACCUGAAGAGGAGACUGGGUCAGCUACAGGUUGAGGCGAAGCGGUUAGGGCUCUUACCCGGAGGCCGAGCGAAGCCACCACUGAGCACGAGCCGAGGUCGGGGGCGAGGCCGAGGGAGGAGCGGAAGAGGCAGAGGAGCCCCCAGCCAUAUGGUGGUAGAUCACAGACCUCGCACCAUUGCCAUCUUGGGAGUCACACAGGAGGAGAAAGAAGAGCUCAUGCCACACUUUGUGAAAUUUGGGGAGAUUGAAGAACUUCGUGAUCAAGAUGCUACCAGCGUCGUAAUGACGUUCAAGACUCGCGGUGAAGCAGAGAACGCUGCAAAUCAAGGGGCAAAGUUCAAAGGGCGGAUUCUACAAAUUUCAUGGUACAAACCCAAAACCCCAUCUGUCACCACUGAACCUGAAGAAGAGGAGUCAAAGGAAGAGGUUAAUGUGGAGUCAGUACGCUCUUUCUUGCUGCCAGAGGAGGAAGAGGAAGAUGAUGAUGAAGACGAUGAUUAUGAGAGUCGCUCAUGGAGGCGAUGAAAACGGAAGCCCAGACGUUAUUACUCUUUUUCAUUGUGUAAAGUAAAGCCUUUUUAAAAAGCUUAUUUAAGUCUGUAAAUGGUUUUUGUUUUUGAGACUGGUUUCCAGUAUUUUUAGAGUUUAACAAAAAAGGAUUACAGCGUGAUGCACAGCUGCUUUGUUUGGGACAGUCAAGAUGAAAUGUGAGGUGUUUAGAAGGAACACGUUUGUUUUACUCUAAACCCUCAGUGUAAUUUACUAAACUCUCACUUUUGCUGAGAUAGAAAUGGAGUUAACUUUAACUAAUUGAAUGAAUAUUGUUUCACUGUGAUCUGACGUCAGUAAUAUUUUUGUGACUACUGUGAAGAUUUUUGGAAUCUGUCCCAAAACAAGAAUGGUAAGAGAUCAUUAAUCCAGUACGAGCCCCAACAGUUUAAUUGUUAUUCUUCUAUCUUCCAGAUCUGUGGUGCCACUUGAUGUAAAUAUGAACUCGGUAGUGUGUGCGCACGCGCAAGAACAUGUUCAUGUUUUGUCUUUUCCUCCGAGUUGUUUAUUCAUCUGAAACCAAAAAGAGCUUUGGAUUGGAGUGUAACAGAAUACUAUUCUUUGCAAAGGAAAUGUUAAGAGGUGUUUUAAGUGUUAAUUUGUUUUAUAUAUAGAUUUUUUUUUUUUUGCCUUAAUCUAUCGGUGGACAGCUAACUUUUUACAAGAUCUAUGAUUUAUUUUUUUUUGUACAUUUUGUAAAUGGUUACAAUAGUAAUAACUGGUUGCUUUAAUUAUUUUAGCCAUUAGAAUGAAUGGCACAACAUUCAGAUCAUUCACUCACAAGAGUGCUUAGGUUUUUUUUUUUUUUUAACUUGUAAGAUAAAUUGCUGCAUAUAGAGAUUAGGACAUUUUAGGUAUUAGAAGUCAACUCUAUUUUGCUUUUUAAAAGUCUCAGAUUUAGGAUUGUCAGUAAAAUUUCGAGAGACAGGAUAAAUCUUGAUUGAACCUGUGCUCCUACACCAUGGUUGUGUAAAACGUUUACUGAAUUUGAACUUUGUUUAUAUAUUUGAGGCUUGAUGUAUUUCUUUUUUUCUGCUUGUAAAAACAGAUUUCAAACACUCGGUUACUUUAUUAAUAAAGGUAAAGGAAUGGGGGAAUUGAACAGAAGAAUUAAAAAAAAAAGUUACAUUGGCUCAAAUAUGAAAAAUACAACCACUAAAAAAGGAGGGGGGGGGAAAAUUUGAUAAUCCAUUCCAAGAAUAACCUUCUGAAA